AUGGCCGGGAGCAGGAGCAAGGCCACCCUCCGUGUGUGGCUCAUGUGCCCUGGGCUGCUCGGCUGUUUCUUGCUGGGCUUUCUUACAGGAUGGUUUACAAAACUGACUGAGAAAAGCCCCAACUUUUCAGAUGUGCAUCAAAAUGUGAGACAGAAACUUGUGGCUGAAAUGAAAGCAGAGAACAUCAGGAAAUUUCUUCGUUCAUUUACCAAGUUGCCUCACCUCGCAGGAACUGAACAGAAUCUUCUUCUUGCCAAAAAAAUUCAAGGCCAGUGGAAGGAAUUUGGAUUGGAUUCAGUAGAACUUGUCAAUUAUGAUGUGCUUCUUUCAUACCCAAACAAAGAGCAGCCAAACUACAUUUCACUAAUUGAUGAUCAAGGGAAUGAGGUUUUCAAUACAUCAUUGUUUGAACCACCUCCACAGGGGUAUGAAAAUGUUACUGGUAUACUACCACCAUAUAAUGCUUUUUCAGCACAAGGAGUGCCAGAGGCAGAUCUGGUGUAUGUGAAUUAUGGCCGUACAGAAGAUUUUUUUAAGCUGGAGCGUGAAAUGGGAAUUAACUGUACAGGAAAAAUUGUCAUUGCCAGAUAUGGGAAGAUCUUCAGAGGAAACAAAGUUAAAAAUGCCAUAUUGGCAGGAGCCAAAGGGAUCAUACUUUACUCUGACCCUGCUGACUACGGUGCCCCAGGAGUAGAUGCUUAUCCAGGUGGCUGGAACCUUCCAGGUGGAGGAGUCCAGCGUGGGAAUGUUUUAAAUCUGAAUGGAGCUGGGGACCCUCUAACACCAGGUUAUCCUGCAAAAGAGUACACUUUCAGGUACAAAGUUAAUGAAGGUGUGGGGAUUCCUAAAAUUCCAGUUCAUCCCAUUGGCUAUCAUGAUGCAGAAGUAUUACUGCGUGCAAUGGGAGGACCUGCAGCUCCAGACAGCAGCUGGAAAGGAAGUCUCAAUGUGUCUUAUAAUAUAGGGCCAGGAUUCACAGGCAACUCUUCUACAAGAAAAGUCAGAAUGCAUGUUCAUACAAGCAAUAAAAUAACACGAAUUUACAAUGUCAUUGGCAUCCUCAGAGGAGCUCUGGAACCAGACAGAUAUAUUAUUUUAGGUGGUCACAGAGACUCUUGGGUGUUCGGUGGUAUUGAUCCAACCACUGGUGCCGCUGUUUUGCAAGAAAUUGUACGGAGUUUUGGUAAAAUGAAGAUGGAAGGUUGGAGACCUAGGCGAACUAUUAUUUUUGCUAGCUGGGAUGCAGAAGAAUUUGGAUUAUUGGGUUCCACAGAGUGGGCUGAGGAAAAUGCCAAAGUCCUUCAGGAACGGGCAGUCGCUUACAUCAAUGCAGAUUCUUCUAUAGAAGGUAACUACACAUUAAGAGUUGACUGUACCCCUCUUCUCUACAAACUCGUGUAUAAUCUGACAAAAGAGAUUUUAAGCCCUGAUGAGGGUUAUGAAAAUAAAUCUCUUUAUGAGAGCUGGCUUGAGAAAGAUCCUACAUCUGAAAAUAAUAACUAUCCCAGAAUAAAUAAACUGGGGUCAGGCAGUGAUUUUGAAGCUUACUUCCAGCGACUGGGAAUUGCAUCAGGCAGAGCUCGUUACACCAAGAACAGGAAAGCAGACAAAUUCAGCAAUUAUCCUGUUUAUCACACUGUGUACGAGACAUUUGAGCUAGUGGAAAAAUUUUAUGACCCCACCUUCACGAAACAGCUAACAAUUGCCCAGUUACGAGGCAAACUGGUUUAUGAACUGGCAGAUUCCCAGGUCAUUCCAUUCAACUCUAGAGACUACGGAGAAGCCUUAAAAGGAUACAGCAACAGAAUUUAUAAAUUGGCCAAGAAGCAUGAAGAACAGCUGAAACUUCACAAAGUAUCAUUUGAUCCUCUUUUUUCUGCUGUGGUGAACUUUUCAAAGGCUGCUGCUGAAUUUCACAGAAGACUUGAACAAGUUGACAAGAAAGAUUCAGUUGCUGUGCGCAUCAUGAACGAUCAGCUGAUGUUGGUAGAAAGAGCUUUCACUGAUCCUCUGGGCUUGCCAGGAAGGAAGUUUUACAGACAUGUCAUCUUUGCUCCAAGCAGCCACAACAAAUACGCAGGAGAAUCCUUCCCAGGAAUCUAUGAUGCCAUGUUUGAUAUUGAAAGCAAAGCUGAUCAACAUGAAGCCUGGGAAGAAGUGAAGAGGCAGAUUUCCAUUGCAGCCUUCACUGUGCAGGCAGCAGCAGACACACUGAAAGAAGUAGCAUAAGAUGAUGGCUUUGAAAACUCCCACAGCAGUGUGGCACACAGAGCAGCCAGGCUGCUGCAGUGUCCCAGUGUCCCCAACUGCCUGCCCUGCCUGAGUCUCCAGCCUCCCAAACCACAUGGUAGGUGAGCAGAGUUCUGUGUGUCAGAGAACUACUGAGCUAGGAAUUGCUGCAUCUCUGCUACUGACAGAACUGUAGCUUUAUGAAUAGCCCUGGAUGGAAGCAAAUUUGGGUGUGGGGAGAAGUGGGAACAGGGGGGAAGCAGGAACAGUUUCUAAUUGGAAUUUUCUGAGAUCUACCAGCUUUGAGGACCCAAUGUUUUGGAUGUACAGUUAUGAAAACAAUUAUUUGCCAAGCUACCUGCAAAUUUUGUCCACAGCAGUGAUCAACAGCACACAUUUUGAUGGAAAAAAUGUAAUACUCAGCCUGUACAUUUUUCUUGUUCUGAUAAUUACUUUUAUAAUAGAAAACACCAAAGGCAUCUCUGCAUUUCAGAAUUUAUUCUGCAGGACUGGCAAAUGCUCUUUACACUGAUUUGCUUUCUAUUCCUUAAAAAAAUAAAGAAGUGACUCUCCUACUGAUUACCAAAGCAGUACUGAUUCUUGAUAAUCAGGGAAAACAGCUGCUUAUAUGCAGAAAUCUAAAAGCAUGGUCUCAGUGGAGUGCAAUCCAUCCCACUGAAAGUCUCUAUGCAUCUCCCUCCUUCAUUUGUACUUUGGAAAAUAAAGAUUUUGGGGAGUAACCAAAAGCUGACCUCCCUGCUCUUUUUGGCACUUUCUCUAGUUCUAAACCCAUAGCAGCUUUUGUUCCUAUUUUUUCCCAGGCAAUCUUUCAUAUUUUUUCCAUCUGAAGGAGCUGAAGGACACUGUGACUAUUAGCAUGGUGCUUGAGAUAAUUCCGUCUUCAAGUAAGACCUGAAGAAUGUUUCCCAUAAGGAGCUGAUUUUACAUUCAAAGAGGAACUGAAAUGCAUGAGAAGGCCAGUUGUACAAAACUGUUUCAUUUGUAUAAAAAAAAAAAUUAAAAAUGUCUUGCUUCAUUUGCCCUUCAUUUGCCCUAGGUGUAAUUCUCGUCUAUAUGCUUUAAAACUAAAAAAAAUUGCUAGAAUUUUACUGAAUCACAUUCCAGCUUGUAGAAACUGAUAUUAACCAUUUUAAUAUCUGAAGUAAAAUAUACUACAGUUUUUCUUACUACAAUAAA